AUGCAGUUUCGCGUUGUGCGUGGUCUCUCACCGAGUUGCAACGACGGCAAAAACACGGCGUCAGGCUCAGAAACAGCACGUCUGACCAGAACAGCACACAAGCCAAUGAAGAAACCAGCACGUUAUCGAUUUCAGCAAUUUGAUGCUAAUCACCAUUCUCAAAUCGCAACGGACUUGACAACAUCUCUCAAAGAUCUUCUCUGUAACUUUAGCGACACCACCAAACUGAUUCCAUCUGUUUCAAAGCUACCAGACAAUCCUAAGAAACUUCAGGCAAGACUUCAUAAGGCAAAGAAACAAUCACUUUUUAACAACCUUCUUGAACGAUGUAAAGAUAGUCGUUAUCAAUCAAGAAUACAGGGUUGUGGAGGUCCCAAUUCAGGGAUGUGGUUAGAUGCUAUGCCGAGCUCGCACCACUUCAUUCUCAGCAAUGAUGAUUUUCUCAACGCUGUUUGUCUGCGGCUCGGAAGAGCAAUUCCUAGCUUACAAUCCUUGAAUCACUGUAUUCCACAGUGUGGUCAACAAAUGGAUAUCAAAGGCUAUCAUGCUAUUACAUGUAAGUGGGGUGGAGGCCCUAUUCAUCGGCAUGAUGCCGUAUUGGACUGUUUUUUUGAAAUGUCAAAAGUUCUGGGAUUCAAUUGUCGUAAAGAGCUACCAGCCCAGUUUACUAACAAACAGCGGCCUGACAUAGCCAUAUAUAAUUACAAGGAUGGAAAGAAUCUUCUUUUAGAUGUGACCAUCACACAUCCGUGGGCAAAACGAUCUCUUCGCUCAGGUAGCAGUACGCCAGGCUUUGCAGCAACGGAAAAGGAAAAGGAAAAAGGAUGGGAAGUAUCUCGCCAAAUCAUCGAGCCUUGGAUACUUGUUUCGUCCCCUAGCGUUGGAGGUGUUUGGUCGUUGGGAAAACAAAGCAGAAGAACUGUUGCAAGAGUUUUCUAACCGCUCUCUGUCUUCGUUAGGCAUGAGUUCUGGCGAGUUCAAGCAAUACUGGCGACGAAGGAUAGCGGUGUGUCUACAAACAUACAACUCUAUUAUUCUAAAGAACAAGGUGGCAAACAUAGUUAGCCACAGUAGCUUUGACUUUACGUAAUU